AUGGCCACUCCACUGGAGGUUGUUUGGUUUUCCGGGUUGUUUUUUGCGGGAGCAAUGGUCAUGCGAGGCGCAGGAUGCACAAUUAAUGAUUUGUGGGACCGUAACUUGGAUCCUCAUGUGGAAAGAACAAAGUUUCGGCCAAUUGCGCGGAGGGCAAUUACUCCUAAGGAUGCAAUCAUAUUUACGGGUGCCCAGCUCUUUGCUGGGCUUGCUAUCCUUCUUCAAUUCCCAUUUGACUGCUUCUGGUAUGCGACCCCGAGUCUGCUCUUCGUUGCCGCGUACCCUCUCGCGAAACGUAUAACAAACUAUCCCCAGGCAAUGUUGGGGUUGACAUUUUCAUGGGGUGCAGUCAUGGGAUUUCCUGCCUUGGGGGUUGAUGUUUUGGGAAAUACCAGCGUCCUAGCAGCAUGUGCGUCUUUGUACGCUAGCAAUGUGGCCUGGACGGUCCUUUAUGACACCAUCUAUGCCCAUAUGGACGUGAAGGAUGAUGCUAAGGCUGGCAUAAAGUCGAUUGCCUUGGCGCAUAUUGAUAAUAGCAAAUAUGUCAUGUCAGGCCUCGCGGCAGCUCAGGUUGGCCUGCUAGCUGCAGCUGGAGUAGCAGCUGGUGCUGGGCCAGUCUUCUUCGUGGGGAGCUGUGGUGGUGCUAUGUUAUCACUGGGGACCAUGAUCUGGCGAGUUAAACUGACCGACCCUCGCGACUGUUGGUGGUGGUUUAAGUAUGGCUGCUGGUUCACCGGGGGCACUAUAUCCCUGGGGCUCCUCGGGGAUUAUGCUGUAAGAAGAUCUGACCAAAGUGAGAAUCGUGAAGACGAAGAUCCAACGACUCAGUGA